UUACAUGGACUUAGCUGGAAUUUGUUUGCUGGAUCAAUUGAAUUGGAAAAAUGUUUGUCCGUUUUUCCGGGCCAAGCUACUGAUUCUACUACAGAGCCUUCUGCAGCAGAAACAUCAACACUUGAACCAGACGACACCAGCACAGAUUCCACUGCAGAAACUGCUGUAGAAGAAUCAUCAACGCCUGCUACAGAAACAUCCACCGCAGACCCUUCUACAACAGAGGCGCCCGCAACUGCUACGGCUAGCCCUCUUCUACUAGAGUCAACUACCAAUGGAACAACUGGUCCUUCGCCAAACUCUACUGCCAGUUCCAACAGCAACUCAGAUAACUCUAACAGCGAUGAAAGUUCAUUGAAACCAUCACCAAAUAGCUCAUCAGAAGGGUCUGAACCGAAUGCUCCAGCUAGUAUAAAUAGCAACGAAGACUCCGGAAGCUCUCCUGAUAAAGAAUCUAACAGCAAUGAAAAUUCGAGUACAAUUGUGAGACCAGAGGGACCAUCAGCUGAGUCAGGGCAAAGUUCGCCUGCUAGCAAAAACAGCAACGAAGACUCCGGAAGCUCUCCUGACAAAGAGUCUAACAGUAAUGAAAAUUCGAGUACAAUUGUGAAACCAGAGGGACCAUCAGCCUAUGCUUUACCUAACUACAUCGAAUCUGAGCUGUUGUUAGCCCAAAUGCGUGCAGCUUUGAUCGAUACACGCACGCUAACUCCCGCCGAGUCCACAUGCGCUACGAAAUAUAAGAAUAGCACACGACAAAUCAACAAUUGGAUGACCAGUCAAACGAACGCCUGUUUCGAGAAUGCGAAUCACACUCUGGACGAUAACAACACAACUGUCGUCAAUCAAAAUGUUGCUCCCAUACGCGAGCGUUUAGAAGAAGUGCAGCAGCAAUUGGCAAACUGCACGGCUAUAACUGAUGUGUUGCAAUUCCUCAAUUGCACCACGGCAUCUUUCGAUAACAACAUUCAUCUUCUGGAUAAGGCCAACACUCAGGCAAGCCAAGUGGAAGCGCAAAUAGCAGCCGAAGAGUCGUUAGCAGCUGUUAGGCGCCAUGCCUGCGUCAGCGCAAUCAUUGGUAACGGCAAGACUAAUCUCACUACGACGGCUAAUGACUACCAGACAUGCCUGGGUCAAAUUGCAAAUCAAAGUGAGUCGCACAUGGUGCUCUACUAAGAAGGCCAGCAAAUGAUUACGAUUUAUGUGUAUUUGUAACUAUAUUGCAAACUGAGAA